CUCCAUUUUUAUGUACUCCUUUGAGCUUUGAAAAAAAGAAGAUUUCUCCUUUAACUUAUAUAAUUUCCCUUCCUAGUUCUUCCAUUUCUCCACGCUACCAAAGCCAUGUAUCCAUCAUCUUCGUCUCAAAAGCCCAUGGGUCAAUCCGGCCUCACCCGUUACGGUUCUGCUCCCGGCUCCUUUCUGGCCAACGCCGUUGAUUCCGUCAUCGGAGCGGACCCUAACCUCGUCGGCCACUACUUCUCCGCCGCUGACUCCUCCUCUUUAACAUCAGAGUCAACUUGUAAAGUCAGCUCAUCCAACGAUCCGCGAGAGCCUAAAUCAGCUGCUGCUGCUGCUCCUGCUCCUCCUCAUCCUCCUCCGCAUCAUCCCCAUGGAUCUUACCCUGCACCUUCUUCUUCCUCUCUGCUCAGACAACGCAGCUCCCCCGCCGGUUUCCUUAGUCACCUCACAUCGGAAAACGGUUUUUCCGUUACAAUGGGCAACAGAAAUUAUAGCUCUCAAGGCAGUGGUAAUGGUGGCCAUGGAGUGUCAAGGUUGAAGUCCCAGUUGAGUUUCACUAGGCAAGAUUCUCUUUCUCAGAUCUCUGAAGUGAGUGAGAAUCUUGUGGAUGGUGUUAGCUCUAACAGUAACCACCAAAAUCCUGCACAUUCGUUUGCUGCUGCUGGCUUUGGAAUGGAUUCAUGGGAUAAUACAAACUCCAUUGUGUUUUCUGCCCCAUCAAGCAAGAGGGCUAAAAAUCUUGAUGGCGAUAUUUAUAACUGUUUCAAUGCCUUGGAAACUCAGUUUAGCUUGCCCCAAACGACACUCGAGAUGGCCACAGUUGAAAAGCUGCUACAUAUUCCUGAAGAUUCCGUGCCCUGCAAAAUCCGAGCCAAGCGUGGUUGUGCCACUCACCCUCGAAGCAUUGCUGAAAGAGAGAGAAGAACAAGAAUAAGUGGGAAGCUGAAGAAAUUACAAGAGCUUGUUCCUAACAUGGACAAGCAAACGAGCUAUGCAGACAUGCUGGACUUGGCUGUGCAGCAUAUUAAAGGCCUUCAAAACGAAGUUCAGAAACUCCACAAAGAAUUGGAAAGUUGUACAUGUGGGUGCAAACAAAGCUCAUAAUGAUGAAGGCUAACCAGGUUUAAGGAAACAAGAAGUUUGUCUGAUUUCCAAAUUUUGAAGCCAAGACUAAUUUAGUUGGCUUAGUUUGACUUAAUAAUGAAAAAGUAGAGGUAAACAACUCGAAGAUGUAUAUAAAUGGAGUCACAUUGUUUCCCUAGUUUGAGAAGUGAUUGAGUUGGAAAAUGAAAAAAAGAAGCAAUUUGUUAGUUUUCCCUAUUAAAAUUCAGUGUCUGUAAUGUAACAUAUGUUUUGGCUUUUGUAUUUUAAAUGGGAAUGAAGAAUUCAGUUUA